AUGUGGUCCCCGGAGCGGGAGGCCGAGGCCCCGGCCGGGGGAGACCCGGCGGGCCUACUGCCCCCCGAGUGGGAGGAGGAUGAGGAGCGCAUGUCCUUCCUGUUCUCCGCUUUCAAAAGGAGUCGCGAAGUGAACAGCACCGACUGGGACAGCAAGAUGGGCUUCUGGGCGCCGUUGGUGCUGAGCCACAGCCGCCGCCAGGGGGUGGUGCGCCUGCGUCUGCGGGACUUGCAGGAGGCCUUUCAGCGCAAGGGCAGCGUCCCGCUGGGGCUGGCCACCGUGCUGCAGGACCUGCUGCGGUGA